AGGAAGGAAGCCAUUACUGGAAAAGGGUGCACUGCACUGAAUAAAAAGAUUGCAGCUUGUCCUUCCAUCUUUUGUGAAGACAAAAGCAGACGUUCCAGGCUUCAGCCAGCAGGAUAUUCCCUGACAGGCAGGUUUUAAUGUGAAAUGGAUGGGAACAGUGUAAACCUGUCAGGUGCUCAUCUCUAAAUGACGGCUUCAAUGGACAUCAAAGGGCAGUGUUGGACAGAUGAGGAAUCAGAUGGAGAAAAUGAGCCUGAACAGUUCGUAUACGGAAUUCAGGGAAGUUGUGCGGCUGAUCUGUAUCGGCAUCCUCAGCUGGACGCUGAUAUUGAGGCAGUGAAAGACAUUUACACAGACAGCGCCAUAUCAGUCAGAGAAUAUGGCACAAUUGACGAUGUGGAUAUUGACCUUCAUAUCAACAUCACUUUCCUGGAUGAGGAAGUGGCUACAGCCUGGAAGGUGAUUCGAACAGAACCCAUUAUCCUCCGCCUUCGCUUUUCUCUCUCACAAUACCUGGAUGGACCUGAACCAUCAGUAGAUGUGUUUCAACCCUCUAAUAAAGAUGGAUUUAGUCUUGGACUGCAGUUGAAGAAAAUCCUGAGCACUUUUAUCUCCCAGCAGUGGAAACAUCUGAGUAAUGAGUUUCUCAAAGUUCAGCAGGAGAAGAGGCACAGCUGGUUUAAAGCUGGAGGAACCAUUAAAAAGUUCCGCGCUGGUCUUAGCAUCUUUUCUCCCAUUCCUAAAUCUCCAAGUUUUCCGCUGAUUCAGGACACAGCGCUGAAAGGCAAACUGAACGUGCCUGAGCUGAGAAUGACCAGGCUCAUGAACCGCUCUAUAUCCUGUACCAUGAAGAACCCGAAGGGGGAGCUGUUCAGCUAUCCACCCAACAGCCAGACUGUGGCAGUCCCGGCGGGCAGGGCCCCAGCGCAGAUUACCACGCGGCAGCUGAUUGAAUUGUUUUUCUCAUCCCAGGCGGGCGGACACUGCAAGAACAUCCCCACUCUGGAGUACGGUUUCUUAGUGCAGAUUAUGAAGUAUUCUGAGCAGCGCAUCCCAACGCUCAACGAGUACUGCGUAGUAUGUGAUGAACAGCAUGUCUUUCAGAAUGGCUCCAUGCUUAAGCCUGCAGUAUGCACUAGAGAGCUGUGUGUGUUUUCUUUCUACACUUUGGGAGUGAUGUCAGGGGCAGCCGAAGAGGUAGCCACUGGAGCUGAGGUUGUGGAUCUGCUUGUUGCCAUGUGUAGAGCUGCUCUAGAAUCUCCUCGGAAGAGCAUAAUCUUUGAGCCCUAUCCGUCAGUCGUUGACCCGAAUGACCCAAAAACACUUGCCUUCAACCCCAAGAAGAAGAAUUAUGAAAGAUUGCAGAAGGCACUUGACAGUGUGAUGUCCAUACGAGAAAUGACCCAGGGAUCAUAUCUUGAAAUAAAGAAGCAGAUGGAUAAACUUGAUCCUCUUGCACAUCCUCUACUGCAGUGGAUCAUAUCUAGUAACCGGUCUCAUAUCGUCAAACUGCCCCUGAGCAGGCAGCUGAAGUUUAUGCACACAUCACAUCAGUUCCUGCUUCUGAGCAGCCCGCCAGCCAAAGAAGCUCGAUUCCGCACAGCCAAAAAGCUUUAUGGCAGCACCUUUGCAUUUCACGGUUCCCAUAUUGAGAACUGGCACUCUGUUCUGAGAAAUGGGCUAGUAAAUGCCUCCUACACCAAACUGCAGCUGCAUGGUGCAGCCUAUGGCAAGGGCAUCUAUCUUAGCCCCAUCUCCAGCAUAUCCUUUGGAUAUUCAGGAAUGGGUAAAGGACAACAUCGGAUGCCAACCAAAGAUGAACUGGUGCAGCGGUAUAACCGUAUGAACACAAUUCCACAGAGUCGCCCAAUUCAGUCUCGCUUUCUACAGAGUCGAAAUCUGAACUGUAUUGCACUGUGUGAAGUCAUCACAUCCAAGGAUCUGCAAAAACAUGGAAACAUCUGGGUGUGUCCUGUUUCAGACCACGUGUGCACACGCUUCUUCUUUGUAUAUGAAGAUGGCCAGGUGGGUGAUGCUAACAUCAACACUCAGGAGCCAAAGGUGCAGAAGGAGAUCAUGCGUGUGAUCGGCACUCAGAUCUAUUCCGGUUGAGAGGAAGUUCCUGGGGGUCUGCAGGUUCCCCUCUUUGCAGAACUAGUUUUAGCUGUGCUCAAACUGAAGGGUCGGGAGAGCAGAGCAUUUUCAUCUCUCUCCUCUUCCCCGUGAGGCACUUUUUCCUUGGUUCCUCUUUCUCUUCCUAUCUUUCAUGAGGAGGUUUGGACGAGUUUCUUUUCCUGCUGUGUAGUUUGGGUUGGUUGGGACUGGCGUUGUACUACUGUUUAGCCGGGACUGAUAUGAUGGUAAAGACUAUAAAGAGCCACAUUUGUCACACUGUGUUCAUAGAUAGGUUCUAAAACUGCUUAUGAUGGAACUUGGCUGCAUAAGACUCUUUUCAGAGCAGAUGAGAUGCCUGGCUGGGUCAAGCAUGUGGUAUCUUCACUUGAAAGCUUUGUAUUAUUUCCUUUUAGAUCUGGAGGUAAUAACUGUAUCGCUAUAUCUCCAGGAUUCAACUUCUCACAGCUCAUUUACCCUCUCAUACCUUCUACUGGAAACAUUUAUCAUUUUCCAUGAAUAUGAAGCCAUUUUUAAAAUCUGUAUUACAUUUUUCA